CCAGGUGGGAUCCGAGAUCCGGCUCUUCGAUCAAUCGUUCUGUCAGACUGCGAGGCCGGCCCUCGUGAGACGAUACACUUGCACUUCAUUACCACUUCAAUCUCUUUCGACACUCGAUACCGGUGCUUCCGCUCCGACUUUUGGCCUGGUCUCUGUUCCUGCCUACUAAUCGCGUACUCCGCUGCACUCUUUCCUUCUCUCUCUCUCUCUCUGUGCGCGCGCCCAACACGCUGCACUUUGCCGACAUCUGCGGCGUCGCCGAUCCUCCGCGUUCAGCACCCCGGAUCCCCGACCACGGAGACGUGCUUGUUCGGCCGGUAGCCGACAACUCAGGAACCUCCUGCCCGUAUACACGGUAUAUAUUCAUAUCUAUAUAUAAUAUUACUUUUCCCAAUUGGCCAUCAUGACCACUACACAAAAGCCCGAAACGUUUAUGCUUUCAAGUGAAGCACAGCAGAGCCUUCCACAAGAUGCGCAGGUAGCACUUCAGCAGGUCGAUAAUCUAAAAUACUUUCUUAUUUCUGCUCCCGUCGAUUGGGCGCCUGAUCAAUAUAUUCGUCGAUUCCUAUUACCCACGGGCGAAUAUGUCUCGUGCGUGCUUUGGAAUAAUCUUUUUCACGUCUCUGGCACCGACAUUGUACGGUGCCUCUCGUUUCGUUUCCAGGCCUUUGGGCGCCCCGUAAAGAAUUCCAAAAAGUUCGAGGAAGGCAUCUUCUCCGACCUGCGUAACCUCAAGGCUGGUACCGAUGCGUCGCUCGAGGAGCCCAAGAGCCCCUUUCUGGACUUUCUCUACAAGAACAACUGCAUCCGUACGCAGAAGAAGCAAAAGGUCUUUUACUGGUAUAGCGUGCCGCAUGACCGCCUUUUCCUUGACGCUCUAGAGCGUGACCUCAAGCGCGAGAAGAUGAGCCAGGAGCCCACCACUGUCGCCGUCAACGAGCCUGCUCUCUCCUUUGAAUUUGACUCGUCCCAAUCGCUCUUUGAACAGCUCACCAAGGCCCAGCAGGCCAAUACCUCUUCCUUUGCUGCCGCAGCCGCUGCGGCCGCAGCCACCACCAAUGCGGCCGUAGCUGUGAAUUACUCGCAAUCCAAUUCACCGGUGAUGCGCGCCAUGGACUCGAUGCCUCCGCCGCCCACGGUUCCCCAGCCGAUGGGCGCGCUUGUGCCAGAUGAUGUUCAUCAGAUGGCCAUCUACACCGCGGCACCUCUGCCCAUGUCGGCUGCUUUGCCCCACGGACACUUGGUGAAGCGAGAGCUCGAUGGCAUGGCCCUUUCUCGUGCCCAGCCUCGCCAUGCGUCCAUGCCCGCGUAUAUGGAAUACUCGCCAGCACCUUCAUUCGUCUCGUCCCAUUACGAGGAUUAUAGCAACCGUGGUGUAUCCUUUGAACCUCUGACUCCACCUCAGCAACCGAUGCCCCUCGGAGCCGAACCGGCAUACAUUGCCAACGAGGAUACUGGCCUUUAUACCGCCAUUCCCGACGUUGGCGCUUCGACUGCUUAUGGUAACAUGGUCCAGCUGCCACCCUCAAAUCUUGCGGGUUCUCAGUAUGGCGGCAUUCGCACGUUUGGCGGAGGCGUCCCGGCAAACAACCCGUAUGGCAUGCUGGAAGGUUCUCCAACCUAUAAGCAGCGUCGUCGAAGAUCUCCUGGAAUGGGAAUGGGCAUGGGAAUGGUCGCUGUUGGAGGCAGCGUUGUUAACCCUCACGCUCCCCUUCGACCGAGUGACCUGCGGCGAUCUGUGUCCAGCUCGGUUGUACCAAUGCCGGACGGUAUUGAGUCAAUGCGUGCAUCACCACAGGUGCAGCCCAACCACUAUGCAGGCAUGGCGCAGCCAAAAGAACUGAUUGACCUGUCUCGGAAUACAACGCCCAUGCCAACUCUCGAAGCUAGCCCGGCUCCGAUAGGACUGAUGCAGCCACAUGGGGAUCUGAGUCAUGUUUCCUGUGCGCCUGGAGCUGAACUCGAACAUCCAGUCCACAGCAGUCCUGCGAUUCGGCCAAUGCCUGGUGUAUUGCGCCGCGCCCGCAGUGCAACUAUAACCGAUAUGGGCCCCUAUCCCCACAAGUCCCAUUCUUGCCCAAUUCCUUCCUGUGGGCGUCUCUUCAAGCGUUUAGAGCAUCUCAAGAGACAUGUGCGCACUCAUACUCAAGAGCGUCCUUAUAUUUGCAAAACUUGCAACAAGGGAUUCUCUAGAUCGGACAAUCUGGCACAGUAUGCACUAUCCUUCCCUGACAGUUUCUGUGGCCGAUCAAGAGCUAACACCUCAUUCAAGGCACCGUCGCAUUCAUGAACAGCAAAUGGACGGAGAGGGUGAUGGCAACUAUGACAGCAAUAAUAACACGAAUGAUGAAGGCGAGGACGUGGAUGCAGUCAACGAAGAAGACAAUAAUGAAGAUUCUGCAUCUGGUGCCUCGCCCAAUGACAUCUCCCAAAGCCCUGCGCGCCACAAUCCACCUCCUGGUCAAACACGUGCUCACCAGCAAUACCUCCAACAUCAUGCACCUAGCACUCUGCUCCACAAUGGUGCCAACCACUCAAUGUCUAUGCCCAUGACGACAAAUCCAGGCAUGUCGAUGCCG